UCUCAAUUUCUCACAAUUUAUUUAUUUGUUUUUAACCCCCUCUCAACUAAGAUACUGACUGGUCCACGGUAAGUUGAUCACCUUGUAUGUAUAUGUUUAUGUAUAUAUAUAUACCUCAAGUGGAUAUAAUAUACCCUGACUGGUUCCUCCGGCUACAGCGCCAGCUACAAAGCGGACGCCGUUGGUCAUUUCUUUAUCCAUGGAUACCCACGACUUUUUCAAUAAGUCAUAUACGGUAAACUUGAUGGCAAAUUCGGGCGAAGUCUUCAGUAAGUUGAGACCAUUACCUCGCCAAAACGACCGAACGCCGCCGUCAUGAUAAAUAUGAUUCAUAGCUUUCCGCACACCACCGUUGUCCGUCGUCUGUGCGCAACGAGAAUAUAAAAAUGUGAACAACAUUUUAACAUCAUUUCUACAUCGAAGAGAUAUAAUUACAAAUAUGCUGUGUGUGGAUAAUAAGAAACGUAACUAUACUCUAUUCAGAAUAAGAACGCACCAGUUGGCGGACAAAAACUUGUCUUAGUUUAACUAGUUGAGAGGUUUAUGUUCGCUUAAUUAAUUUGAUUAUUUUUAAUUUUUCUACAGUGACUAGGAGAUACGUUUAUAAAUAGUUUUUUUUUAAAGUACAUACGUAUUAUCAUAUUAUUCUAGUCUUCACCUGCAAGUAAGUUUUGAUGCGAUCUAACGGGGCGGUCACGGUUUUGGAUAUAGCUGCCGCCGAACCGCCAGCAAGGCUAUGCAUCAUCCAUGCAUUUGUAUCGGCUUCAUUUGUAUCGGCCAAACCCAUCCACGACUUGAACAAAUACGGUCGUGGGUUACCGAUGGUGCCGUUAUUCAUCGUAUAGUCAUUUAGAAGCAGUUUUGAACAAAAUGUUAUCCGAGAGGCCUUCUAAUCCUGUCGAAAAUUUUGAGCUCUACAGCAACAUAUUAAAGCUCGCGUACCCAACGGUCAAUACUAGAUUUGAAAGUGUUUUCGUGGAUAAUAUUAACAUAAUGGGAUGUCUGAGAAAUUUGGAACUAUACAAAUGUGCGUUAAACAGUCAAUUAGAAAAACAAAAGCGGCACGAACGCCAAAAAACCAACAAAGAAGUAAAGUUUUCAAAGUAUAAAAAAACAACUGCUAACGAAUCCGUCACCGACGAGUUUAAUGGUUUUAAACAAAACCUACGGGAAGCAAAUUUCCUAUUUAACAAAGCAGGAUGUGGACUGUCUGAGAACGAGGUGUCUAUAAUAUCCACGUCCAUGAAUCACAUGGCCGAACUGAACAAAUUCAAAAGUCUAAGAUAUUGGGGUAAAAUAUUUGGUGUGAAAAAAAAUUACUACAUUAUUGAAUGCGAGUGGUCAGAGUCCGAACUACACAACAGGUUAUCCGUGGCGGAAAAUGUUAUAAGUAGCAAAUCAAUAGAGCCCAAAUCAAACAGCUUUGAUUCUGAAAAACAACCGAUGAGUUUAUCUCAGUUGAAAGAUGCACCUAGAAGUAAACAAGACUUUAGCAUCGAGUACAUUGGAGGCGAUGCUUCCAGCAAAGUGACUGAAGUUUUAUAUCAAAAUGCAAAAGAGAAUAGCACCCAGUUUUCUUUUAGUUCUUUUGUAAUGCCAAUCGAAUCGGAGCUGGUAUCCAAAGUCGGCGCUAAAAAUAUGAUACCACCAGAAAUACAAGGAUUCGGCGCCAAUAAAUCCGUAUACUUUGUGACGAACGAGCUAAACGGGGAAUGGAUUGAGUUACCGCCGGUCAAACCAAACCAUGUAAUCGAAGCUCGAAGAAUAAAAUAUUUUCUAUCUGGAAAUUUAAAUGCAGUAAUAAACACCUAUCCUAAGUUUAAUGGCUUGGAAAUCCACUAUUUGCGAGCGCAAAUUGCUCGAAUUUCGUCAAGCACUCAUAUAUGUCCUCAAGACUUUUGCGAAAUCAGUUCAGUUGAAGGAAAUCAACUCAUAACUCCUUAUUCACUUCUCAAGUCUUUGCCCCAGUUAGCCAAAAGAAUCGUUUUUAACUGUGUGCCGAACAUUGACUUUAAGCCGGCAGCGAAUUCGAAACUAAUGCGACCACACUAUUGGGUGCACGUCAAGUCCAACAUAGGAAGCAAAGGAGUCACAAGACAAUGGGCUUACCUGAUGGCGACCAAAUCGUUUUUGGGCGAAGGCGAUUCCAAGGGCGUGUCUGGCAUGUCAGAGAGCGAGGACUCGUACAGCGACUACGACGGUGAAGCUUUGGAUACCAAGGCAGACUUGUUGAUAAACUUGGCGAAAGACAGUACUGUCGGCAUGACGGACGCUUGGAAGGGCGAACAAUGCUCGAAGUUCUUGCCACGCGAUUCUUGUGUAGCGAUGAAGUCCAACAUAUGGCCAGGAGCGUUAGCCGUUUCCCGUAAAUCACAAUCGGAAUUCUUGUACGUCGGAUGGGCACAGAAAUACGAUUUUAUAGGGUUCAGUCCGUUGUUGGAAGAAUUUGAUGAGGAACACUUCGCCGGGAGACAUAUAGCAGAGGGCAAUGACCCCACACACAAACAAGAAAAUGAAUACAACAUGCAUGUACAACAAUUAGAACAGAAGAUUAACGUAUUCGAGCAAUUGUCUGGCGAAGUUUAUGAAGGAGACGAAAGAAUACUUAACAACUAUACCUAUGAUUGA